AUGCUCUCUGAAAUUUCGCUCUCCGACAAGCCGCCGGCGCAACCCUUCUCGCAGACAGGGCGUCCGCCGGACACUGGUCAACAGCAGCCAAGCAGCACUCCGUCCCCCCUUGCCAACCCUGCCGCGUUUCCUAUCCUCAACUACAGAGCAGCGCUGGCCGGCCAUUCCCAAGAGACAAAAACUAGGGCGAAUCAGUGGACCUUCGUAGGUGAACAGGAUCUGGUAACGGGAUCGUUCGACGGGGAACCAGAACUGAAGAUCUCCGAAGCCUUCAAGGAAAGGUUAUGCGUGCCAUGGAAGAAGACCCUUGUAGUUAGGCUGCUGGGCAGAUCGGUGUCCUACACAUAUCUAUGUGCCCAGCUCCGAUGGAAAUGGCGGCCUACGGGAUCUCUGGACCUAUUGGACCUCAACAAUGAUACAUUUCUGGCGACCUUUAGUAAUGAUCAGGACUACCUCAAUGCUCUGACGGGCGGCCCCUGGGAAAUCUUGGAUCACUAUUUGGUUGUCCAUCAGUGGUCCCCAACGUUCAGAACCUCCGAUAAACCUCAUAGGUCGGUUGUUGCGUGGAUUCAGCUGCCUGAGUUACCGGCGCACUUCUAUCAUAGGGAGGUCCUAUUCGCCUUGGGUAAUCUCCUGGGAAGGACGGUCAAGCUUGAUUAUCAUACGGAGAACCUUCUGCGGGGGAAGUUUGCAAGAAUUGCAGUCGAACUUGAUAUGACAAAACCCCUGGCGACUAGAAUCCGCUUGGAUGGGCAGUGGCAACCAGUGGUCUAUGAAAAUCUUCCUCACAUAUGCUACGACUGUGGUCGAAUCGGGCACACCGAAGAGGCGUGUCCCAAGAAGUCAACGGCAAUGGUCCCGGUUUCUACCGGUGAAACUCAAGCUCACAUGAUUAUUCCGCCGGCGGUUCCAACGCCGGAGACCCACGCCGGUUACGGGCCUUGGAUGCAGGUUGUGAAGAAAAACAGGAAAGUAAACAAAAAAGGCAACUCAUAUCCGGAGGAGUUGGAAAGAAAUCAGAACAGCAACUCUGCUAAAAGCGGCAAUCAAGGGCGGCGUCCGCAUAGCAAAAAUCCUACACACAAAGCGGAGAGCAAGCCCCGCCCCAACGGUCAGGAAAGAAAAGGAAAAUCGGCGAUGGUACAGGAUCAAAAAAAAGAAAGCAAAGCCCAGCAGAAAGGGAAAGUGAAGGAAGUGGGGAAAAUCUCAAUCUCAGAAGGCCCGAAAGACUCCACCAGUCUAGAAUGGCGUGCUGUUGGGCCUUUGAAAGAUGCUUCUGGAUCUACGGCCCAAACUACUAACCAGACGGUGGAUAAGAAUGCGCUAAUGGGCCAAAUCACAACCGGCCCAAGGACGGACCCGGAAGUUGAUUCUGGAAGACAACUUCCUUUGAUUCCUGGCCCAACCCGUUUAGAUAAGGUCAACAAUGAGAACAUUGACCCUAAUUCGGAAAUCAUCUCUGUCCGACAGCACUACAGUAAGAAGAACAGAGUUCAUUCCCCUCUGAAAGAGCAUCUCUCCAAGUUAGCCCAACAAAACACGAUGAAGACCUCCCUGGGCAACAAAAACAACAAAAGAUCCUCCACCAAGAAUGGGAAAGCGGCCAAUUUCGGGAUUACUCCUCAAUCCAUCGAAGAGUUUAUCACCCAGACUCGACAGAAGGAGGAGGAAUUCCAGAAGCUCACCAUGGGAACUAGCAGCGACACUCCGAUGCGGUAA